UAAUGUUAGUUACGACACAAUCCCUGUGUAUAAUACUUGUGUGUGUCCAUAUCUCGUAAACUGCCAAACAGUUUUUGAUACAAUUUUCAAUAGCUUGAUUGCAGAGAUGAAUAAUAACAUCAUAUUGUUAGUUGUAAUCUUAUUUUCUUCUUUAUUUAUUGUUUUCGAAUUAUGGGCUUUUAUGCAAACGUAUAAUAGUUUUAAAGUGAAUUUGAAAGAAGGGAUUGAAGUGCUAGACCUGAGACGGCUGAAAUUUCAGAAAUAUAUAAAGGAUUUCAAAAAAAAUUAUGAAGAUGACGAGUAUGAACGACGUUUCGAGAAUUUUAAGGCCUCACUAAAGGAAAUAGCGCAGUUAAACAAACUAGAAGGAAGAACAGUGUUCGGUUUGACGAAAUUCUCUGAUAUGUCGAAACAGGAGUUUGUUGAACAAAUGCUCUUAACGCCGACAGACAAACGCAUCGAUAUUGUCUCUGACUGCACUCAACAUGAACAUGGCCCAUUGCGCGAAGAUAGUGUACUGUUUAAUGAUCGAUACCAAAAUCAAGAGCCACCCGAGAAUUUUGAUUGGCGAAACACAAAAGAUGUGAUUAAAGAAGUAUUAAAUCAGAGGCGAUGUCGUGGUUGCUGGGCCUUCUCCAUAGUUGGUGUUAUAGAAUCCAUGUCAGUCAUACAAAAAGGUGAUAAGGAACACCUAAGCAUACAGGAGCUACUUGAUUGUUCAGAAUACAACGAAGGUUGUGAUGGAGGCAGCGUCAGUACAGCAAUGGAUUACAUAUAUACCAACCGUACGCCGUUUGUGCCUGAUGAACAGUAUCCACUCACGUUAGCCGCGGUUCGAGUCUGCAAGCUUCCUGCCAAUGCCACCGGCAGACGAGUUAAGGAAUACUUAUUUCAACGCAACGUGGAUGAACAUAUAAUAGUUAAGCGGGUGGCCUUUCACGGGCCCCUGGUAGUAGCCGUCGAUGCUACCAACUGGAUGAACUAUAUCGGAGGAGUUAUACAGCGGGCCUGUUGGUCUGGUAUCAGCAACCACGUAGUACAGUUAAUCGGUUACGUUGGAUAUGAGACUCGCAAUAAGUCAGUCAUCCCCCACUACAUAUUGAAGAACUCGUACGGUGAAGAUUUCGGUGAAAACGGCUACGUUAGAAUUUCCAUGUACAAUAAUACCUGCGGGAUCAAGGACGAAGUUACUAUGUUAUCUGUCUAUUAAAUGUAGCAUUAACCCCCUUAAUUACCCCCCCUUCCCAAUCUUCCCAAUCCCCAAUUCUCCAACAACCCUUAAAUUCCUAACCCCAAAAAGGCCGGCAAUGCACUUGUAACGCCUCUGGUGUUUCAAGCGUCCAUCUGCGGCGACGAUUGCUUACCUUCAGGUGCUUGCUUUGCUUACCGGCUUAUUCCAUAAAAAAAAACUUAACAUAACUCACCGAUCCCUAUUUAAAAUCUUUGAGUUGAGAUUGUGUAACUAACUAUACAAUGGGUUAAGAUCGGUUUUUUUUAAUGUUUGUGUUAAUAUUUGUAUGUACUCUUGUCUACUUAGAGGACAAAAUGUUUGAAUUAAAAAUGUAAUUAAAUAUAUGUUAUCUAUU